AGCACAUAAGACCAGAAAAGAGGGGAGGGGGACCCGACCUCCAUUCCUUUCCUCUCUCUCAAGGAGUGAGUGAGCGAGAGAGAGAGAGGAAGGAGGGAAAGAAAGUGGGGGACGGAGGAGGAAGCAGAGUUGGGUGCCAGAGUCAUUCUCAACGGAGCGGCUUGGCUGAGAGGCAUAUUCUCCUGAUAGGUAUCAUUUUAUUUGGGGUUUUCUUUAAGCGCACUCUUGGACCGAUUCCUCAGAAGAGAGAAGAGCGAGAAGGAGCCAAGCCGGUCGCUGAGUCCAUCCCAAAAGCGUCGCUGCUUGUGAUGGGAAUCCUCUCCUCACAGAUGUCAAUUUGGAUAGGCUUUUGAGCGGGGUCUCACUCUUGUCAACGCGGGCCUUGGUGGCCUCAAGGCAACGCCAGCGCCUCCACAGGAAGGGAGAGUGCGGGUCUCCUUUCUCCGUGUGAGCGCGUCGACACGCGUGUGCGUCUCUUUGCCCCCGUCGGGGAGUCCUCUUCCUUUUCCUCCUCCUCCUCCUCCGCGUCAAGGUUGCUGAGGUGGGAUCCCAGGAAGGCUCUCCACGCCGAGCUGUGACACACUCACACAUACACAUAGACACACACACACAACCCACGCAGCGCACAAACACGCUCGGCGGCUUGGACCCAGGCGAGGAGGAAGGAAGGGAAAGAGAGAAGGAGGCGAAGAAGAGGAGGAGAAGGGAGGAAGGAGAGGAAGAGGAGGGGGAGCCACACGCGGGAUUGGGGCAAGGCAGAGGGAGCCUGACGCGCGUUAACGGCGGCGGCGAGGACGAGGAGGAGGAAGAGGAGGAGGAGGAGGAGGAGGGGGCACGGCCGCUCUCCCGCUCGCCUUUCCCUCUCCCUCGGAUGCGAGAGAGGCAGCCGCACAAGAUGCAACGGAUCUGCUGCUACUGCAAAGGAGCCACCUGGCCCAGGGAAGAAGCCGCCGCCGCCUCCUCCUCUCCCUCCGAUCUGGGGCAAAGGGGAUGCGUGAGACCUCGCCCACGCCGCCCCCACGGCCCGGACUUCUUGGGUCUCUUCUUGGGCAGGAUCAUGGGCAUGCCGAGUGGAUUUACCUUGGGGAACCUCGUCUUUUUCUGGAUGCUGUCCUGCGUGAAAGGUUUUAUUUAUACAUGUGGUGGAACUUUAAAAGGACUCAAUGGAACUAUAGAAAGCCCUGGCUUCCCAUAUGGAUAUCCAAAUGGUGCAAAUUGCACGUGGGUAAUAAUUGCAGAAGAAAGAAACAGAAUACAGAUAGUUUUUCAAUCUUUUGCUCUAGAAGAAGAAUAUGAUUAUUUAUCAUUAUAUGAUGGACAUCCUCAUCCUACAAACUUCAGGACAAGGUUAACGGGAUUUCAUCUUCCUCCACCUGUGACGAGUACAAAAUCUGUAUUUUCACUAAGACUGACCAGUGACUUUGCAGUGAGUGCCCACGGAUUUAAAGUAUAUUAUGAAGAAUUACAGAGCAGUUCUUGUGGAAAUCCUGGAGUUCCACCCAAAGGUGUUUUAUAUGGAACAAGAUUUGAUGUUGGCGACAAAAUCAGAUACAGCUGUGUGACAGGAUAUAUUCUGGAUGGACAUCCCCAACUCACCUGUAUAGCCAACUCAAUAAAUACAGCAUCUUGGGAUUUCCCUGUUCCUAUCUGCAGAGCUGAAGAUGCGUGUGGAGGGACAAUGAGGGGAUCCAGCGGCAUCAUCUCGAGCCCUAAUUUUCCCAAUGAGUACCACAACAAUGCAGACUGCACAUGGACCAUAGUGGCAGAACCUGGAGACACAAUUUCCCUCAUAUUUACAGAUUUUCAAAUGGAAGAAAAAUAUGAUUACUUGGAAAUAGAAGGCUCAGAACCACCAACCAUUUGGUUAUCUGGAAUGAAUAUACCACCUCCAAUUAUCAGCAACAAAAACUGGCUGAGACUUCAUUUUGUAACGGACAGCAACCACCGAUAUCGUGGAUUUAGUGCUCCUUAUCAAGGUUCUUCUUCCACUUUGACCCAAACUGCCUCCACUGGUGAGUUAGAGGAGGAUAUUGCGGCAACUGCUGGUGACAUUUCUGUUGCUAGCACAUCUGCUGAUGUUACUGUAUCCAGUGUUACUACUGUCACCAGCCAUAGAGUUUCCGAAGAACAGCGAGGGCAAGCUGUGAAUCUCAGGAAAUCAGAUCUGGAAUCCGCCACUUCAAAGGAAUCGGUCUCCCUUCAAUCAGCAAAUACCCAAAGUACCAGAAGACGGCCACGAAAUGCUGAGCAGAUAGAAAGAACUAAAGAGCUUGCAGUUGUUACUCAUAGAGUGAAAAAGGCCAUAGAUUUUAAAUCUAGAGGAUUUAAAUUGUUUCCAGGGAAAGACAACAGCAACAAGUUUUCUAUCUUAAAUGAAGGAGGCAUUAAACAAGCAUCCAAUUUGUGUCCAGAUCCUGGAGAACCUGAAAAUGGAAAACGGAUAGGCUCAGAUUUUAGCCUGGAUGCAACAGUACAAUUUUCUUGUGAUGAAGACUAUGUGCUUCAGGGAGCUAAAAGUAUCACUUGUCAAAGAAUAGCAGAAGUUUUUGCAGCAUGGAGUGAUCAUAGACCUAUGUGUAAAGUAAAGACUUGUGGAUCUAAUCUUCAGGGACCUGGUGGUACUUUCACAUCUCCUAACUUCCCAUUCCAAUAUGACAGUAAUGCACAGUGUGUGUGGGUUAUCACAGCUAUCAAUCCAAACAAGGUUAUUCAAAUUAAUUUUGAAGAAUUUGAUCUGGAAAUUGGUUAUGACACUCUAACAAUUGGUGAUGGAGGAGAAGUAGGAGAUCCCAAAACAGUACUUCAAGUGUUAACGGGAAGCUUCGUGCCAGAUUUAAUUGUCAGCAUGAACAAUCAGAUGUGGCUGCACCUUCAAACUGAUGAAAGUGUGGGCUCAAUUGGCUUCAAAGUUAACUACAAAGAAAUUGAAAAAGAAAGCUGUGGGGAUCCUGGGACUCCAUUGUAUGGUAUCAGAGAAGGGGAUGGAUUUUCCAAUCGUGACGUGUUAAGGUUUGAAUGUCAGUUUGGGUUUGAACUCAUUGGAGAAAAAUCUAUUGUUUGUCAAGAGAACAACCAGUGGUCAGCAAAUAUACCAAUCUGCAUUUUUCCUUGCCUUUCUAAUUUCACGGCACCAAUGGGGACCGUUCUUUCUCCUGACUACCCAGAAGGUUAUGGAAAUAAUUUGAACUGCAUCUGGACAAUCAUCUCAGAUCCUGGGAGCCGAAUUCAUCUCUCUUUUAAUGAUUUUGACUUGGAAUCUCAGUUCGACUUCCUUGCCAUUAAAGAUGGUGACUUUUCAGAUUCUCCAGUGCUUGGCACAUUUACUGGAGCUGAAGUGCCAUCCCAUCUGACUAGUAACAGUCAUAUUUUGCGUCUGGAAUUUCAAGCUGACCACUCAAUGUCAGGUCGAGGAUUUAACAUCACAUAUAACACUUUUGGCCACAACGAGUGUCCUGAUCCUGGAAUACCAAUCAAUGCACGCCGGUUUGGUGACAACUUUCAGUUGGGAAGUUCCAUCUCUGUCAUUUGUGAAGAAGGUUUUAUUAAGACUCAAGGAACUGAAACAAUUACUUGUGUACUGGUGGAUGGAAAAGUUAUGUGGAGUGGACCUAUCCCUAAGUGUGGAGCUCCAUGCGGUGGGCAUUUUUCUUCCCCCAGUGGAGUUAUCCUUUCUCCAGGCUGGCCUGGGUACUAUAAAGACUCCUUGAAUUGUGAGUGGGUGAUUGAAGCUGAACCAGGACACUCUAUCAAAAUUACAUUUGAAAGAUUCCAGACAGAACUCAACUAUGAUGUGCUUGAAGUGCAUGAUGGACCAAAUCUUUUAUCACCACUCCUGGGAUCUUACAAUGGUACACAAGUCCCCCAAUUUCUGUUCAGCAACAGCAAUUUCAUUUACCUACUUUUUACAACAGAUAACAGUCGUUCUAAUAAUGGAUUCAAGAUACACUAUGAAAGUGUAACAGUUAAUACCUAUUCGUGUCUGGACCCUGGCAUACCUGUUCAUGGUCGGCGUUAUGGGCAUGACUUUUCCAUUGGCUCAACUGUAUCAUUUGGAUGUGAUUCAGGCUAUAGAUUAAGUCAUGAAGAGCCUUUGCUAUGUGAAAAGAACCAUUGGUGGAGUCACUCACUUCCUACUUGUGAUGCUUUGUGUGGAGGAGAUGUGAGAGGGCCAAGUGGAACUAUUUUAUCUCCAGGUUACCCAGAACUGUAUCCCAAUUCACUCAAUUGCACAUGGACUGUGGAUGUUACUCAUGGAAAAGGAGUGCAGUUCACCUUUCACACCUUUCAUUUGGAAGAUCAUCAUGACUACUUACUAAUCACAGAAAAUCGCAGUUUUACUCAGCCGUUGGCACGCCUGACUGGCUCUGAACUUCCAUCAGCAAUCAAUGCUGGUCUCUAUGGAAAUUUCAGGGCUCAGUUGCGCUUUAUUUCUGAUUUUUCAAUAUCAUAUGAAGGAUUUAAUAUUACCUUCUCGGAAUAUAAUCUCGAGCCCUGUGAGGAUCCUGGAACACCUCAAUUUGGGAGCAGAAUAGGAUCUAACUUUGGAGUAGGAGACACUCUAACCUUCUCCUGUUCAUCUGGAUAUCGUUUAGAGGGGGUGUCAGAGAUUAUCUGUCUCGGUGGCGGCCGAAGAGUGUGGAGUGCACCUCUGCCCAGGUGUGUGGCUGAAUGUGGGGCUUCUGCAACAAGUAAUGAAGGCAUUUUGUUGUCCCCUAAUUAUCCACUCAACUAUGAAAACAACCAUGAAUGUAUUUACAGCAUUCAAGUCCAAGCAGGGAAGGGAAUCAAUAUUUCUGCCAGAACGUUUCAUUUAGCACAAGCAGAUGUUCUUAAGAUCUAUGAUGGGAAGGAUAAUACAGCACACAUGCUGGGUGCAUUUACUGGAGCUUCACUCCGAGGAUUGACACUAAGCAGUACUUCAAAUCAUAUUUGGCUUGAGUUUAAUUCUGAUUCUGAGGGAACAGAUGAAGGCUUUCAACUUGUUUAUACUAGUUUUGAACUUUCUCAUUGCGAGGAUCCAGGUGUGCCACAGUUUGGGUACAAGAUAAGUGACCAAGGACACUUUGCUGGCAGUACCAUCAUUUAUGGAUGCAACCCUGGUUACACUUUGCAUGGAAGUAGCCUCCUGAAGUGCAUGACAGGAGAAAGAAGGGCAUGGGACUAUCCUCUUCCAUCUUGUAUUGCUGAAUGUGGAGGACGCUUUAAAGGAGAAUCCUCAGGAAGAAUCUUAUCUCCAGGCUAUCCUUUUCCUUAUGACAAUAAUCUGCGAUGUAUGUGGAUGAUUGAAGUUGAUCCAGGAAAUAUUGUCAGCCUCCAGUUCCUUGCAUUUGAUACUGAAGCAUCGCAUGAUAUUCUCCGUGUCUGGGAUGGUCCACCUGAAAAUGACAUGCUGUUAAAAGAAAUCAGUGGCUCUCUUAUUCCAGAAGGCAUCCACAGCACUCUCAACAUAGUUACAAUUCAAUUUGACACAGACUUCUAUAUCAGCAAAUCUGGAUUUGCCAUUCAGUUUUCAAGUUCUGUGGCCACAGCAUGUCGUGAUCCAGGAGUUCCCAUGAAUGGAACUCGAAAUGGAGAUGGAAGAGAACCUGGAGACACCAUCAUUUUUCAGUGUGACCCUGGCUAUGAAUUGCAAGGAGAUGAACGAAUAACCUGCAUUCAGGUAGAAAAUCGGUACUUCUGGCAGCCCAACCCACCAGUCUGUAUAGCACCUUGUGGAGGAAAUCUAACAGGUUCAUCAGGGUUUAUUCUUUCACCAAACUUCCCUCAUCCUUAUCCCCAUAGUAGAGACUGCGAUUGGACAAUCACUGUUAAUAAUGAUUACGUGAUAUCUUUAGCAUUUAUCAGCUUCAGUAUAGAACCAAACUAUGACUUUCUCUAUAUCUACGAUGGGCCAGAUAGUAAUAGUGCACUGAUUGGGAGCUUUCAAGAUAGCAAGCUACCAGAAAGGAUAGAAAGUAGUUCAAACUCAAUGCACCUGGCAUUUCGAAGUGAUGGAUCUGUUAGUUUUACUGGUUUCCAUCUGGAGUAUAAAGCCAAACUUCGUGAGUCCUGCUUCGAUCCUGGGAACAUAAUGAAUGGCACAAGACUUGGAAUGGAUUAUAAAUUGGGGUCAACAGUCACAUAUUAUUGUGAUGCUGGCUACAUUCUUCAAGGUUACUCUACACUCACAUGUAUCAUGGGAGAUGAUGGAAGACCUGGAUGGAACAGAGCUUUACCAAGCUGCCAUGCACCUUGUGGAAGUCGUUCUACAGGUUCUGAAGGCACAGUUUUAUCCCCAAACUACCCUAAAAACUACAGCAUAGGACACAACUGCAUUUACUCUAUUGCAGUACCGAAGGAAUUUGUGGUUUUUGGGCAGUUUGUAUUUUUCCAGACAUCACUGCAUGAUGUUGUUGAGGUAUAUGACGGUCCAACUCAGCAGUCAUCUUUAUUAUCUUCUCUGUCAGGAUCUCAUUCAGGAGAAUCCCUUCCACUGAGCUCAGGGAACCAAAUUACCCUCCGAUUUACUUCCGUUGGACCUGUAACAGCUAAAGGAUUCCACUUUGUGUACCAAGCGGUUCCAAGAACAAGCUCGACACAGUGUAGUUCAGUUCCUGAACCCCGAUAUGGAAAAAGAAUUGGCAAUGAAUUUGCAGUUGGUUCAGUGGUUCUUUUUGAGUGUAAUCCAGGCUACAUACUCCAUGGAUCAAUCGCAAUUAGAUGUGACACAGUGCCCAAUGCCUUGGCACAGUGGAACGAUUCCCUUCCUACAUGUGUUGUGCCCUGUGGAGGAGUUUUAACUAAGCGUAAGGGAACCAUAUUGUCUCCUGGAUAUCCUGAGCCUUAUGAUAACAAUCUGAAUUGUGUCUGGAAGAUCACAGUGCCGGAAGGAGCUGGAAUUCAAGUGCAAGUAAUAAGUUUUGCAACAGAGCAUAACUGGGACUCUUUGGACUUUUAUGAUGGCUCUGAUAAUAAUGCUCCAAGACUUGGAAGCUAUUCAGGGACUACAAUACCUCCACUUCUCAACAGUACAUCCAACAAUCUGUACCUUAAUUUUCAGUCAGAUAUUAGUGUGUCAGCUGCUGGGUUUCACUUGGAGUACACAGCAAUAGGUUUGGACUCUUGCCCUGAACCGCAGACUCCAAGCAGCGGAAUCAAGAUCGGAGACAGAUACAUGGUUGGAGAUGUAGUUUCCUUUCAGUGUGACCAAGGAUAUUCUCUUCAGGGACAUUCACAUAUCACCUGUAUGCCUGGACCAGUAAGAAGAUGGAAUUAUCCCAUUCCAAUUUGCUUAGCACAGUGUGGUGGUUCUAUGUCAGACUUCAGUGGAGUAAUACUUAGCCCUGGAUUUCCUGGGAAUUAUCCCAGCAGCUUGGAUUGCACAUGGACCAUCAAACUGCCCAUUGGUUUUGGUGUCCACUUGCAGUUUGUCAACUUUUCAACAGAGACAAUCCAUGAUUAUUUGGAAGUAAGAAGUGGAUCAACAGAUAUUAGUACAGUUAUCGGGAGACUCAGUGGCCCACAGCUACCAUCUUCUCUUUUCAGUACAACACAUGAAACUAGCUUAUAUUUUCACAGUGACUAUUCUCAGAACAAGCAAGGGUUUCAUAUAGUGUAUCAAGCAUAUCAGUUGCAAAGUUGUCCUGAUCCACGACCCUUUCGCAAUGGUUUUGUUAUUGGAACGGACUUUACUGUGGGGCAAACAGUUUCAUUUGAGUGUUUUCCGGGCUAUACUUUAAUUGGAAAUUCAGCUCUUACUUGUCUUCAUGGAAUCAGCCGUAACUGGAACCAUCCCUUACCAAGGUGUGAAGCUCUUUGUGGUGGAAAUAUAACUGCUAUGAAUGGUACUAUAUAUUCGCCAGGCUAUCCUGAUGAAUAUCCAAAUUUCCAAGACUGUUUUUGGCUUGUAAAAGUACCACCUGGGAAUGGAAUUUAUAUCAAUUUUACUGUUCUUCAGACAGAACCAAUAUAUGAUUUCAUAACUGUUUGGGAUGGACCUGAUCAAAGUUCACCUCAGAUUGGUCAGUUUAGUGGAAACACAGCAUUGGAAUCCGUCUACAGCACUUCAAAUCAGAUACUCAUAAAAUUCCAUAGUGACUUCACAACAAGUGGCUUCUUUGUGCUGAGUUAUCAUGCAUAUCAACUCCGAGUGUGUCAGGCACCAGCUGCUGUACCAAAUGCUGAAAUCCUGACUGAGGAUGAUGAAUUUGAAAUAGGAGACAUAAUAAGGUACCAGUGUCUACCAGGCUUUACAUUAGUUGGUAAUGAGAUUCUGACAUGUAGACUGGGAGAGAGGCUACAGAUGGAUGGAGUACCUCCUGCUUGUCAAGGUUUUUUGUUGCUAUGUCCGGCAAAUGAAUUGCGUCUGGAUUCAACUGGAGUGAUUAUGAGCCCUGGCUAUCCAGAUAGUUAUCCAAAUCUUCAAAUGUGUGCAUGGACCAUUACUGUGGAAAAGGGUUACAAUAUCAGCCUUUAUUUUGAAUUCUUCCAAACAGAAAAGGAAUUUGAUAUACUUGAGGUGUUUGAUGGACCAAAUAGUCACAGUCCCUUGUUAAUCUCCCUAAGUGGAGAUUAUUCGUCAACUCUAAAUAUAACUAGCACGGGCCAUGAAGUGUUUCUCCGUUGGUCAGCAGACCAUGGAACGAACAAGAGAGGUUUCAGGAUAAGGUAUAUAGCUCUUUAUUGCAGUACUCCAGAGUCACCUCCCCAUGGGUUCAUAGUUAGUCAGACAGGUGGGCAGCUCAACAGUGUGGUUCGUUGGGCUUGUGACCGAGGAUUUCGGCUCAUUGGAAAAAGCACUGCUGUGUGCAGGAAGUCUCCCCAUGGAUAUUAUGCAUGGGAUGUACCCGUCCCAGCAUGUCAAGCUAUCUCUUGUGGGAUUCCCAAAGCUCCAGUGUAUGGUGGGAUAUUAACAACAGAUUAUCUAGUAGGAACCCGGGUUACUUAUUUUUGCAAUGAUGGGUAUAGAUUGUCAUCUAAAGAACUUACUACUGCAGCCUGCCAACCAGAUGGCACCUGGAGCAACCAUAACAAAACACCUCGUUGUGUAGUUGUUACAUGCCCAAGUAUCAAUUCAUUCACCUUGGAACAUGGAAGAUGGAGGAUAGUGAAUGGAUCUCACUAUGAAUACAAAACAAAAGUUGUUUUCAAUUGUGAUCCAGGAUACCAUGGGUUGGGACCAGAAUCUAUUGAAUGUCUUGCCAAUGGUACUUGGAGUUGGAGAAAUGAGAGGCCAUAUUGCCAAAUUAUUUCCUGUGGAGAACUUCCAGUUCCACCAAAUGGGAAUAAAAUUGGAACUCAGAUCACAUAUGGCUCGACUGCUAUCUUUACUUGUGACUUAGGAUUCAUGCUGGUGGGAUCAGCUGUAAGGGAAUGCCUAUCUUCUGGACUAUGGAGUGGAACGGAAACAAAAUGUUUAGCUGGCCACUGUGGAAUUCCUGAGUUUAUUGUCAAUGGUCAAGUAAUUGGAGAAAAUUAUGGCUACAGAGACACUGUUGUAUAUCAGUGCAAUCCUGGCUUUCGACUCAUUGGCUCUUCUGUACGGAUUUGUCAGCAAGAUCACAACUGGUCUGGUCAGCUUCCAUCCUGUGUGCCUAUUAGCUGUGGCCAUCCCGGAAGUCCAAUUUAUGGAAGAACGAGUGGAAAUGGUUUCAACUUUAAUGAUGUUGUGACAUUCUCUUGCAAUACUGGUUAUGUUAUGCAAGGACCAACCAAAGCCCAGUGUCAAGCGAACAGACAGUGGAGUCAUCCUCCUCCAAUAUGCAAAGUGGUCAACUGUACUGACCCAGGAAUCCCUGCAAAUUCUAUAAGAGAAAGUAAAAUUGAACAUGGAAAUUUCACCUAUGGUACAGUUGUUUUUUAUGACUGCAAUCCCGGAUAUUUUUUAUUUGGAUCUUCAGUUUUAGUCUGCCAACCCAAUGGUCACUGGGAUAAACCCCUACCAGAGUGCAUUAUGAUUGACUGUGGUCAUCCUGGCAUUCCUCCAAAUGCAGUCCUUUCUGGGGAGAAAUACACAUUUGGAUCCACUGUUCGUUAUUCUUGUACAGGAAGACGGUCACUAAUAGGUCAUCCAUCUCGGACAUGCCAGUUAAAUGGACACUGGAGUGGAUCUAUGCCUCAUUGCUCAGGUAACACAGCAGGGUCUUGUGGAGAUCCUGGGAUACCUGGUCAUGGUUCUAGAGAAGAAAACAAUUUUAGAGUAAAAAGUGUUGUGCAAUUCUCUUGUGAGCUUGGUUACAUCCUUCAUGGAUCAGAAGAACGAACUUGUCUUGCAAAUGGAAGUUGGACAGGAAGGCAACCAGAAUGUAAAGCUAUCCAAUGUGGCAACCCUGGGACACCAGCUAAUGGGAAAGUGUUUCGAAUAGAUGGUACCACAUUUGCUAGUUCUGUGAUAUAUUCCUGCAUGGAAGGCUACAUCUUAUCUGGAUCUUCUGUAAGACAGUGUACUGCGAAUGGAACAUGGUCUGGCUCCUUGCCAAAUUGCACAAUAAUCAGUUGUGGGGACCCAGGUAUACCUGCCAAUGGACUGAGAUAUGGUGAUGAUUAUGUUGUUGGACAAAAUAUCAUAUAUAUAUGCCAACCUGGUUACACAAUGGAAUCCAACAGUUCCCAAAUCCGUACUUGUACCACUAACGGCACAUGGAGUGGAAUGCUCCCAGCAUGUAAAGCUGUUACCUGCCCACCACCACCCCAGAUUUCUAAUGGAAGACAGGAAGGAACAAAUUUUGACUGGGGAUUUAGUAUUAGUUAUAUCUGCUCGCCUGGCUAUGAACUAUCAUUUCCUGCUGUUUUGACCUGUGUUGGGAAUGGAACGUGGAGUGGCGAAGUACCUCAGUGCUUGCCAAAGUUUUGUGGUGAUCCAGGAAUACCAGCUCAAGGCAGGAGGGAAGGCAAGAGCUUUAUUUAUCAAUCAGAAGUCUCCUUCAAUUGUAAUCUUCCAUUUAUAUUGGUUGGUUCUAGUACUCGGAUAUGCCAAGCAGAUGGUACUUGGAGUGGAUCCUCCCCUCGUUGCAUAGAGCCCUCACGCACAGCAUGCGAAAACCCUGGAGUUCCUCGCCAUGGAUCACAAAAUGAUACAUUUGGAUAUCAGGUAGGAAAUAUUGUACAGUUUCACUGCAGAAAAGGAUACCUACUUCAAGGUUCUACAACUCGAACCUGCCUUCCUGACCUUACAUGGAGUGGGAUUCAGCCAGAAUGCAUACCUCACAGUUGUAAACAGCCAGAAUCUCCAGCUCACACAAACGUUGCCGGAAUGGAUCUCCCCUCUCUUGGUUAUACCCUCAUAUACACCUGCCAACCAGGAUUUUUCCUAGCAGGAGGAUCAGAACAUAGAGUCUGUAGAUCUGAUGGCGCAUGGACAGGAAAAGUUCCUGUGUGUCAAGCUGGUUCCAAAAUAUUGGUGAAAGACCCGAGGCCAGCUUUGGGAACACCAAGUCCUAAACUUAAUGUUCCUGAUGAUGUUUUUGCCCAGAAUUACAUAUGGAAAGGCUCCUACAAUUACAAGGGGAAAAAGCAGCCUAUGACUUUGACAGUUACUAAUUUUAAUUCAACAUCAGGAAGAGUAAAUGCGACACUUACUAAUAGCAAUAUGGAGCUACUACUUUCAGGAGUGUAUAAAAGCCAAGAAGCACGUUUAAUGCUCCAUAUAUAUUUCAUUAAAGCACCAUCCCAAACUGCCUUGAACAAACUGAAGGAGGAAAAAUGGGCAAUGGAUGGCUUUGUUUCUGCUGAGCCUGAUGGUGCUACCUAUGUUUUUCAAGGAUUUAUCCAGGGUAAAGAUUAUGGGCAAUUUGGACUUCAAAGACUAGGACUUAAUAUGUCUGAAGGUUCAAAUUCAUCAAAUCAACCACAUGGAACAAAUAGCAGUUCUGUGGCCAUUGCUAUUCUCGUGCCUUUCUUUGCCCUUAUUUUAGCAGGAUUUGGGUUUUACCUUUAUAAACAAAGAACUGCACCUAAAACUCAAUAUACAGGCUGUUCUGUACAUGAAAAUAACAAUGGACAAGCUGCUUUUGAAAACCCUAUGUAUGACACCAAUGCGAAGUCUGUUGAAGGGAAGGCCGUGCGAUUUGAUCCCAACUUGAACACAGUUUGCACAAUGGUAUAACAUUGUGAAGACCUGACUUCUGUUAUCAGAAAAUUGAAACACAACACAGUGAACAUAUAGUUCAUUGAUUUUUUAAAAACUAAAUAAAUAAAUUUAAAGCACACUUUUCAGGAUUUCCUGGGUCACCAUCUCCUGAAGAUGCGAGAGAAAGAGAGACAAGAUUAGGUUUCUUUUUUCAUGAACUGGAAAAAAAUAUAUUGACUUCAUGAUUGCAGUGGAGUGUUUUACAGAGAGUCUGCUGCACUCCAUGAGUGCUUACUCAGUCUAUUUGCUUUUUUAAAAAAGAAGACUAUUAUAAAAAAAUAAAAAAUAAAAAUAAAACAUAUUUGCAUAUAUUGGAGGAGCAUCCACUAUCAGUACUUCUGUGCUUUAUAAACUAUGCUAGAGGGACUGGGUUUAAAACAACAAAAUAAAUGAUAUAUGGUAGAAAUUAAAAGUUAUUUACAGACCACAAGAGUCACUGACUUCUCUUGAACUGUCACAAACCAUAUCUUCCCCUCUCCCCCCAAAAAACCCCAAAAUCUGUUUCUAUUCUCUUCCAGUUCUAUUUUCCCUUUUAGGUACAUUAUGUUUCUCUUGCCCUACUCCUUGGUACCUAUCAAUUUCUUAGAUUAUUCUGUGACCAUUAAUAGGCUUUGGUUUGCAGGUACAGCCUAUUAUUUCAAUGCCAUGGUGAGAUAAUUAUAAGUCAUGUCUCCUUUAUUUCAUGUGUUUAAUUCAUUGCACAUUGUCAGCUUUCACUGCUUCCUUCAUGCUAAUUUCUCCUGUGUCAAUUGGCUUCCAUUCAUUCACAUUAUUUUCUCCCCAAAACCACCAAUCUGAUAACAGUCUCAAAAGAGUGCAGAUGUGCUGUUCUAAUUAAUUUGGGUUUUGCGACACUGCAACAGUCUAUGCUGCUGAAGACUUUUCUGAAAAUUCCCCUUAAACAUUGUUCCCCCCCUCAUACAGAAAUUCAAAUCUCCACUCCACUUGCAAGUCAAAUGUCUUUGUUUUGAAAUGUUCAUAUGAGCAGAAGCCAUUAUGGUAGAAUAAUGUUACCCCUAGAUAAAAAUGCAUAUUAAGCAUUAUAUUUCACAUCCUACUCAAAUAUGGGUUUCAUCUGCACUAUAAGUCCUGCUUCCACACUGUGUUAAAUACUGUACACAGGGUAUGGUCAAAGGCCAGAUAAGAUGCAGUCAUUAAAGUAAACACUUUAAUUGUUAAUAUAUCUAAUGCUCCAAUUCAUCCAUCAAGCAUCACCUCCUCUUUCCCAGAUCUUCCACAUUUAUUCCAGUGGAAGCAACAGCAUGGUACACAUGGUAUUUGUUGAAGACCCUAAGGAGUUCCAUGUAGACUCAGGAGCACAAAGAUCUCUGGUCUUCUAUUCUCUCUAAUGGAAUUAUUUUAUAGUAUAAUAUUUGGGAAGUGCAUCUAGCUUAAUCUUAAUGAAUUGUUUGUUCUAGUUGGGUCUUAGAUCUUCAACUUACAGUACUUCCAUGGCAAACUGUAAUUGACUUAACAAAUAUAUAGCUCAAAAACUAGAAUAUGUUAAUUUUCCCCUACAUUUUAGACACUGAUAAGUAAAUAUUACCAUAUUUACUCAAGUCUAACACAAACCUUUUAAAGCUAAAUUACAUUGCUAAAAUUGAGGUAGGCACUAAAUUUGAUGGUGCAUUAAAAUCGUGCAUCUACACCUUGUUGUACUGUUGGGCAUGAGAUCCUGGCUGGGGAUGGAGGUCGGAGAGGCAAAAGUGGCCAUGAAAAUGCAGGUGGGAAAUUGAUGGUGGUGCAAAAUGGCUGGUGAGGCUAAACAAAGGGGCAUAGCUUCCCACCAGCCUUUUUGUGGCCACUACUGUCUUCCUACCAGACCUGACAGAGAGGUAUGGCUUCCCAACAUAUUCUUUGCAGUCACUACCUCCUUGCAUUACAUUCAACAGCAGACCCACUUUUUAAAUUGAGACACAAAUUACAUUCGAUAGUGCAUUAUAUUUGAGUAAAUAUUGAUAUUUGUUUGCAUCUAUUAAAAGAAACCAAUCUUCCCAUGGGAAGAAAUAAUUUUGCAAUUGCAAAGUUUGCCUCACUAUAUAAAGUACUCUGCCAGGAAUUUGUGAUUUCAGUGUGUAUACUGAAUCCUUUGCCAAAGCGGUGCCUGGCAUUACUGUGGCUGCAAAUGGUUAUGCCAGCACAAAUACUUUAAACACAGAUUGUUUAAUCCAAUUCCCAACCUAGUUGAGCCAAAGUAUUUGGAUUACAUUUGAAUUGGUCCUAUAAAUUUCAGUUCCUUUGAUUUCAGUCUCAUUGCAGUACAUCAGAAAAAUGUUUUUCAGUGAGUUUCGCUGGUCUUUGGUUUAAGUCCCUUCCCCACCCCACCCCAAAAAACCCACCCUGUUUCAUCAUAAUUUGAAAUUUAAAUUGUUUUUGGAAUGUAAAUUAGUAUUUAUGUUCUUAAUAUAAAUCCUAUUAAGUUACAAUGCAUUUGUCUGCAGCAGUACAAUGUGUAUAAGGGUUCAGAAAGCAAAAUACGAUAUCCUCCCCUCUUUUUGUCCGAAUUAAGUAAUCAAUCAUAGAUCAAUUUCGUUCUACUAUAAAAGAAUGCAGUUUUAGUUUUGAUUCUCGUUCCAUAACCAAAUUAUUAAAUGACAGUCUGACUAAUUCUCUGCCGUAGUUCAUGGUCUUACUUUGAUAGUACGAAAUCAAUGCUGUACAUUACCUGGUGUGAAUUACCAGGCGGUCCUGUCUUUUCCCAGACAUAACGUUGUUAAAAUCAAAUUUUAUUAACAUUAUAGAGAGUGCCUACCAAAAGAAAAAGGAAAGAAAUCUUCCCCCAUGCCCUAAUCCAUAAUUCUACCCAGGAUUGCUGCUUGGAUUUCUAUGGUGUUUAAUGGAUUUUCUUGGGAAUCAUUUUACAAACGUUUGUUUAGAGAACUCAUAAACUUCUGUCCAGGAACUACUGUCUUCUACUAAAAGAAUGCCAUUUUUAUAUUUUAUACCAUCAGUUUGUUAUUUAUUCUUGUUUAUUCCAAUGAUUGCAAUAAUGAUGAUUCAUUCAUUAAUGUUAAGGUUAAUACGUUCGAGACCUUGUUUAAAAUCUUGUUUCUUCUGCAACUGGCUACUCCUCUUAUAUUAAUGCAUACAAUUUUGUAAAGAAGUCUAUUUUUAUGAAAAAAUAAAUUUGUAAAAGUAUGAUGUAAAUUUUCAGUGCAAUGUAAACAAAAUAAAAAUGAAUAAUUGCUUUUGUAA